AUGAUCUUUGUACUUAAUUCUCAGCUUAAGGAAUGUCAGAUCCUCUUUGGCUUAGGCGCUGGGUCCAGGUUGACCUUACUCUGGUAUCACACCAUCGUCCGCCCGUUCUUUGCUCUAGAUGGUAGCAAGGUGCGGGCAGGGGUUGAGGCAGCUCAUCUCCUUUUGCAAGAGGCCCAGCAGAAUUAUGCACAGUCUGCCCUAUUUCUCUUCUUUCGGGGUAGAGUUCACCGACUUCAGGGUGACAUUGGUGGAGCCCUGAUGUCAUACCGUGGUGCUCUGCAGGUUUCACCCCAGAGGGAACUGCAGCUGCUGGCUCUGCAUGAGGUUGCAUGGUGCCACCUGCUGCAGCUGAACUGGAGUCAUGCCCAAGGUGCCUUUGCUAACCUCAAAAAGGAGUCCAGGUGGUCCAAGAGCUUCUAUGCCUAUUUAUCUGCUGUGUGUUUAGGGGCAUCUGGCAGACUAGAAGAUUGUGCAAAAGGGAUGAAUGAAGUCCCGACUCUCGUCCGCCGAUCCAGUCAUGCUCUGGAGGCAUUCUUGAUGCGACGAGCACUCAGGUCCAAGGGUGAUACUUUAACCAAGAACUAUUGUCUCCUACGUGCCUAUGAGCUCCUCUACAUGUGGAACGCUCUCUCAUCGUGUUCUUUACAACAUCGACUGCAAAUGGUUGAAGAGUGCCAAGUGAUGGGACAAUGUGGUGACCAAGAGGGCCUCCGGCACCUGAUCAUGGCAGCCAUUCUUGACACUCUGGGCUCUGCAGAUGAUGCUGUGGAACACUUUCGCCUUAGUGUACAGCACGGUCUCUUGAACUCCGAGGAACAUUGUGUUCCAGCCUUUGCAUUGUAUGAAUUAGGCCUCCUCCUUGGUGCUAAUGAUGAGACAUUAGACGAAGGCAAAAAGUGCUUGGAGGAUGUUCGAGACAACUAUCACGGGUAUGACUUUGAAAACCGCCUUAAUGUAAGAAUUCAUGCUGCUCUGAAAAAUCUGUCAUAGAGUUGUACCUUAAUGCAUCAGUGAACUUGGGAUUGUGAUUCCCCAGCUCUAUUCAAGCAAGUUUUGUGGUCAUAUUUUGUCACUGAUUUAUACUUGAGGUUAAAUUAGUUUUGAAAAUUAUUUGUUUAGUUGUGUGGAAGUGAUAGUAGAUUUAGAAAAUUUAUAUUGACUUGUAAGUCCAGUAAUAAAUAAGUUGUUUGGACCACUUCAUAGUUUAUGUUGUGAUGCUUCUUGUUUGAUCUCAGAGACUUUGAUGUGUUGGGGUAAUGAUGGCAGUGAGUGUACAUGUAGGAGAAUAGAACAAUGUGUGAAGGAAAAUUAAGUGUAAGCCAUAUUGGCAAAGUAGGUAGAUGGACAGUACGAGUUAUGAAUUGAAUGUUCUAGAAAGAAUACAGUAAGCCCUCGAAAGUCCGGACCCUAUAAGUUCAGAUUACAGAUAAUCCGAACCUUUUCCAGGCAAGAAACAUUUGUCCAACACAUUUAAUAUUUGUUGUAUGAAAUUCCUGCUGUGUGCGGUCAUUUGAAAUAUCUGCCAGCCAGCAAUGCUUUGGCCUCUUUCCUCCUCUCAAACCAUGAGUGAGUAGUUUAUUUCCCCUUUCUUAGAAUGGACUCCCCCAUAAUGCUGCACUGUGACUGUUUAGCUAUAAGUUCAACACACAUUCAGCCACAGAAAAAUGGUAAGAUGUUAGGUAAAAUAAUUCAAACAAUGGUGAUGGUAAUCCUCCCGGGAAGAAGCAGAAGAAAAGCGCUUUUUGCAUCAUCCAUGUCACACACACCAGGUGCAUUUCAUGUCUCCAUUAUUUUGAAGUCAAACUACAAUUUUAUAUUGUUUGCCAGUUUGUUUUUAUAUAUUCAUUGUUAUAUUCUCAUAUGAUCAACCUCUUAUGGUGUAUGUUUCAUCAUAAAUAAUAUAAUAUACAGUAUUAAAUAAUAGAACAAAAUAUGAUAUAUAAUUUGUAAUUUGACUUAAAUGAAGUAAAAUUGUGAAAGGAAACACACAUGACAUUUAUUGCAUAUUAAAAUACAAAUUUAAAGAUCUUGGGGGACUAAUGAGUGGCUGCUUGGUGGACAGUGGCCCCUAGAACCCCCCCAAAAAAAACUUGGUAAAAGUCCAGACAGUCAGCAAGUUUGGACCCGUCUUUCCCCCUAAGUUGUCUGGGUUUACGAGGGUUUACUGUAUAUAAGUGUGUAUUUGUUGAGAGUAUUUUACAGUGACUUGGAGCAGCUAAAUCUCGGUUAUGUUUAGGUUUGUCAUUCAUGCUGCGGCAAUAAUGGUUUGUUGUUAAGUAUGCUGAUUUUUUUUUCAUAGUUGCAUUUAUUUUAGACAUCUCUUCCUUACAAGGAGUGGGGCCCCUGGUAGGCUAGUAGCCGGUCAGUUUGAUGUAAGGUUACAUAAGGUCAAGGGUUUCUACCCCUAUUGUUUGACCAGAACUGUUUUGGUAACCUGAUUGGUUUACCCUGAGGUUGAACAUGGACCAGUAGAUUAAAACAUUAGUCAGUGUAAUCACUAUUCCACCCAAGCAGUUGUAUUCAUUUGAUAUUACAAAAAAAUAAAUAAAAAAUGUGAGCAUUGAGAUUACACAUGUGUUGACAGAAAGUGAUAUUGAAAAAAAUAACAGAAGUUGAUUACUUGGAAGAACAGGCAGCCUUCACAUUUUCAAGCUACUGGUGGCUAAAUUGCCAUCUACAUUAUUAGGUGAGCUGUCUAUUUCCCAGUUAAUUAACAAUUAUUUCAAUGUUUACAGUGGUUGUUGGUUAUUGAAUAGGUCAUCCACUUGAUUUCUAUAAAAUAAAUUGCUUUUUCCUAGUUUUAUAAUAAUUAAAUGGGUCAUGUCAAGGUUUUAAAGUGUAUGUGAUACUCUUUUUGGAUUGUGUUGGUAUUUGAGUAAAGAAGACAUUUUUAUUGUGACUAUGGCCCCCCCAAAAAUCAACUUAAGAUCUGAACUUAAACAUAUACUCUACUGUACUAAAAUUUAUGUUUAUUUAAGUUGUUUCAAAGUUGUCAAAACACUUAUUUUAAGGCCCAUAGAUACAAUAAAUAUUUUCUUUUCCUAUAAAUACAUACACGUUUGAAAACUGGUAAUUUACCAACUUUGAGUCCCUGUGUGUCUCUCUGAUCAUUAUAUUUGUCCCCUGCAGAGAAUGAACACCCAGACUCCCUCUCUUUAAGUCUCUUACUUAUAAAUUAAAUAAGAAGGCUGUAGGUUGUAUCUACAGUGUUUGGCACUACGUAGUUCUCAGAUAUAUGAUUGUUCUAAAUAUAGAAUAUAUAGAGAAAUACAGGUAAAUAGAGGCUCAGAACAAAGAUAUUUUUCAUACCAAAAAGAAUUUAUAUUUUAUGAUUUCUAGUAAGAAAUAUAUUAUUUAGAUAGAUUUACAGUUACAUAACUUUGAGUGUAAGUAUUGACACUGAUUUUUUAUUAAUUUUUUAAUAUGAAUGAUUUUAUGACUUUCUGGGGGAGUACUGAGGAGUAUGUUGUACAUGCACUGUUUGCUUUGAUUGAAAUUUACAGGCUGGGGCAUUUUUUCUUAAAGUUAAUUGCUGAAGUGAAUUUAGGCAUUAGAUAUUUAUGACUUUAAAACUAUAUGUAGUUUUGUACAAUAAUAUGUUUAAAAAUUUAGAUAUGUACUGUAUAUGCACUUAAGUUGUCAAAAUACAGUACAGUGAUAUCUCCGUUAGCCGGAACAAUUGGUACAGAGCUCUUCUGGGAUGAGAGAUUUCCAGGUAAUGUGACGACUUUCUCAAACACAGAAAAAUCCCAUAUUCCCAGAAUUUUUCUGGGUGUUGGGAAAAGUUUCCAAGUCUAAGCUAAGCAUUGUGCACAGGCAGGCACUAGCCCACUUCCCCAGAAUGUUUCUGGGUACUGAGGAAAGUUUUCCAAGAGUCUAAAGUACUCAUCUCAUCUCGACUCUAAACUAUGCAUCUCAUCUUGCUCAGACAAACACACUCCCAUAUUAAUGGCUAGCAAAAAACUGCAUAAACUUUUAUUCACAGCAUUUGUUGUAAUUGAGUUAGAUGAAUUUGAUACCAUAAUGAUCUUAAAUAAAUUCUCUACAAGACAUUUCCAGUAAGAGAUUCUUAAACAAAAUAUUUUCAUGAGAUAUAAUUAUGGGGACUCCAUUCCUUUAUGAAAAAAGAAAAAAGAAAUGUUGAUACCCGAGUCUGGAAAAGCAGUUGUAAUUAAGUUAGAAACACCUUUUAUUUCCUAGAAUAAUCCUGAAUAGGUUAUCUAAAAAUGUUGGUUUAAUAAAUAUACAGUAUUUAAAAAAUAAAACUAUAUAUUAUACAGGCGUGCGAGCCGCCUCGUGAAUGAAGUACAGUAAUGUGUUACAGCGAAGACUGGUAUUUUCCACUUGCAUGGAAUUGUCAGGUCACCCAUUGUCGGAGUGGGGGAUUAGUGGGUCUCAUGACCUAAAGAUGUCUUGAUUAAACAUAAAGCUAAGGUGUUUCUGUGUUUCCCGCUUAUUGAAUGUACAGUGUAGUACAGUAUACAUUGGUGUAAUAGUUUUUUACAUUCUUAAAACUGCUUUAACACUGUGUUCUUGGCUUAUUUUAUUCUGGUACAGCAAUGUGGAGCACUACACAACAUAAAUAGUAUGCAAAAACAGUAGCUAGCGAGGGAACUACCUUGAACAAUAGCAAUAGAGAAUGGACCAAGUGAUCCAAGCAGUAAGGCCACCCACGUGCCUGGCAUAUGGGGAUGCGUUGGAGCAUGAUGCAAUCUCUCAGAACUCCCAGAAAAUUUAUUCCCAAGCUUAGAAUGGAGAGAUUUUCUUGGAACCUUCUUGGACUUCUCUCAGAAAAUGCACCUGAUUUUCAAUCUCGGAAACUCGUUCACCGAUUCAAAAUUUAGAAAAUUUUUCCGGAAAAAUUCCAAUCCAAUUUCAAUUCUGGGUAUUGGAGGUGUUCCAGCUAAUGGGGGAUUCCGGCUAACGGAGAUAAUGCUAUGUGGUUUCGCAAAGUAUUGAAUUUAUAUUUCAAAUGUUAUUGAAAAAUUAAAACAAAUUUAAUUUAAUCUGAUUGUAAUCGAAAUACAGUUUAAGUUAAUGUGACUUGCACAGGCUGUGAGGAUAAAAUUCAUUGUUGUGCUGCUGCUGGAAAUUUGACAGCCCCAUGAAAAUAAGUACUGUACUGAAUGUUGAAUCAAGGGCUUCAACUGCAUGUUACUUGUCAUAAUAAGUUUUCCUUCAUGCUGUAGAAUGAAGCUUUCAGGCCAGGUCCAUUUUUUUGUGAUACUGUAUAGUAUUUUAAGUGCAGUACUGUAUACAUGCCAAUGAUAUAUUUGAAGAAUUUUGCUUACUUAAGAGUCAGAAUUUUGUGCUUCAUGUUCAAUCUUGGUAAAAGUUCAAUGAAACCACAAUUCAACUUCAGUAUUAUAAGUCCAUAUUCAUUCAUUUAUAUACAUUCCAACAACAGUUAAAGUGGAAAUAAACUUGAAGUAAUGA